GAGUGUACAUCAGUGUUUUAUUGAGUCUGUAAUAGAUAAUAUGAGUGUGUGUACAGUAUGAUGAUGUGGUCAGCGCUGAGGAGAUGAAGAGAGGAGAGCGAGUAGAGAGGGUGGUGGAUAUCUACGAGAGUGUAGAUGCUUUUAGAGGUUAUAACCCACACGUGCAGAAGGAAGACACUGACACAAAGAGGAACGUCCAAACUCAUCACACAGAAAAAGGCACUGCAUGGAGCAGGUGUUACAGAGUGACGGCAGUGUGUGUGGUGCUGCUGUGUGUUCUCCUGCUGACUGCCAUCACACUGCUGUGGAUCAAAUACAACAAUCUGAAGACAGAAAACAACCAUCUACAGAACAGUUACAACAACCUGACUACAGAGAAAAAAGAAUUACAGACCAAUUACAACAACUUGACUUUAGAGAAAAAAAAAUUACAGACCAGUUACAACAACAUGACUGUAGAAAAUGACCAGUUACAGGCCAUUAACAAAAACCUGACUGUAGAGAGAGACCAGUUCCGGAAAGAGCGAAAUGGAUACCUGAGGACAUUUUGGGAGAAAAGGAAGUGUUUCUGCUUUAGCGCUAGUCUUUAUUGCAUGUCUACUGAGAUAAAGAACUGGACUGAAAGCAGACAGGACUGCAGGAACAAAGGAUCCGAGCUGGUGAUCAUAAACAGCAAAGAGGAACAGGAGUUCAUCGGUAAACAGCAGGCCAACUUUAAGGCUUGGAUUGGUCUGAGUGACAGAGAUACAGACGGAGAGUGGAAAUGGGUGGACGGUACAACACUGACCACUGAGUUCUGGAAUAAAGGGGAACCGAAUGAUGCAGGUGGUGAUGAGGACUGUGCUGAGUUUUAUAGCGCUCCAAAAGUGAAUGUCUGGAAUGACUAUAAAUGCUCUCUUAAACAACACUGGAUCUGUGAGAAACAUCUGUCACAGUGAAGUUUAUCAGUAAUCAGUCAGUACCACAAAGUGCACAGAGACUAAAUACAACUAAUUAUUAUUAUUUUUUUUUUGUACCCCAUUACAGCUGUGUAGAUCUGUGAUGAUGAAAGCAGUUUCAUUGAGAUGGUUGAUUUAAGAGUUCAUCUCAGUAUUUCUGACUGUUAAAUCUCAGCGUCUCAGAGCUCAAGCAAGACUGGAUUGAGAUGUAUUUGCUCCUAGAGUGAUGGACAUGAUGGCACAUGAUGGAAUAUAAAAGAAUUUUACUAUUAUUAAAAUAAUUCACAUAGCGGGGGUUUUAAAAAAAAUACACAAUUUCAAUCCAUUUAUAGUAACAUUAGUCAUUCUGUUUUGCCACUGCUGUCUCUGAGUGUGGGAGUCUCUGUAUUUGCAGAUCUCUGUGAGCUACACUGGUUCUCUUUUAAUGCAGCAAAAUAAAAUACAAAAGCAGAAUAAC